CCAAAAAGAUCAGAAACAACAAUGACGGGGUCUGGUUCUCCUUGCGGAGCUUGCAAAUUCUUGAGAAGAAAAUGUGUAAGGGGAUGUGUUUUUGCACCAUAUUUUUGCCAUGAACAAGGUGCUACUCAUUUUGCUGCCAUUCAUAAAGUGUUUGGAGCAAGUAAUGUUUCUAAGCUUCUUGCUCGUCUUCCUAUUACUGAAAGAUGUGAGGCUGCUGUUACUAUUUCUUAUGAAGCUCAAGCUAGGCUUCAAGAUCCUAUUUAUGGCUGUGUUUCUCAUAUCUUCGCCCUCCAACAACAGGUUGUGAGUCUUCAGGCACAACUUGCUUCUUUGAAGGAACAAGCAGCGGAAAGCAUUAUGAACGCGUCCAGUAACGUGGGCGGGGUGAAUGAGAAGAUCAAUAGUAGAAAGGUUCCUUCUCAUCCCCAAGAUCUUCAUAGUUGGUUUCAGUCGGAGCAACCAAAUGUAACACUUGAGUUCAACCCAAACCCGACUCCGAAUAAUAAUUGUGCAUCAAACACUAAUUAUUAUGAUGAGAAUUAUCGCAUUAUGGUGAAUUCACAAUCCAAUGGGAACUAUGAGAAUCAUCACAUUGCAAAAAUGGAGGAAAGUGGAUCAUAUGGAAGCUUUGAAGAAACCUCAGGGUAUUCGAUGUAUACUCUCGAUCAAUUGCAUUCAAAUGUUCAACAAUGGAGCUUCAGUGAUUCAGCUGAUGAUUUACAAUCAGUUGCUUUUGGCAAUAGACAUUGGUGAAAGAAAGGGGAAAAAGAAAAACAAGAGUUGCAAUUGAAAUUCAUAGUUUUGGAAAUUAUUGAUGGAAGUUCCUCUCUAUUUCUUUUGUACUCAACAAAAAUC